ACCCUCUCCCGCCUCCUCUACCCGGGCGGGGAUUGUUUCCACGAUGAAAUGAGUGAAAACCCGAGUGAUCCAGUGUCUCCCGUGGUGCGAGCUUUAGUACCACCUGUAUUUCAAAAUGGGGGACCCAAACUCCCGGAAGAAACAAGCUCUGAACAGACUACGUGCUCAGCUUAGAAAGAAAAAAGAAUCUCUAGCUGACCAGUUUGACUUCAAGAUGUAUAUUGCCUUUGUAUUCAAGGAGAAGAAGAAAAAAUCGGCACUCUUUGAAGUGUCUGAGGUUAUACCAGUCAUGACAAAUAAUUAUGAAGAAAAUAUCCUGAAAGGUGUGCGAGAUUCCAGCUAUUCCUUAGAAAGUUCCAUAGAGCUUUUACAGAAGGAUGUGGUACAGCUCCAUGCUCCUCGAUACCAGUCUAUGAGAAGGGAUGUAAUUGGCUGUACUCAGGAGAUGGAUUUCAUUCUUUGGCCUCGGAAUGAUAUUGAAAAAAUUGUCUGUCUCCUGUUCUCUCGGUGGAAAGAAUCUGAUGAGCCUUUUAGGCCUGUUCAGGCCAAAUUUGAGUUUCAUCAUGGUGACUAUGAAAAACAGUUUCUGCACGUACUGAGCCGAAAGGACAAGACUGGAAUUGUUGUCAACAAUCCUAACCAGUCAGUGUUUCUCUUCAUUGACAGACAGCACUUGCAGACUCCAAAAAACAAAGCUACAAUCUUCAAGUUAUGCAGCAUCUGCCUCUACCUGCCACAGGAGCAGCUUACCCACUGGGCAGUUGGCACCAUAGAGGAUCACCUCCAUCCUUAUAUGCCAGAAUAGAGUGCUGACCAGCAAAAUGGAGAUCAGAGAGUGCAGCAGCAGUUUUUUUUCUUUUUUUCUUACCACUUUAUUCUUUCAGAGUUUAAAGAAAAUGGACUCAUGCACAGAACACUAUGCAUUUUGAAACUUGUUCAUCCUGGAUUUUUUUUUUUUAAUCAUUUGUAUCUCAGAACUUAAAUUAGAUGUCUUCUGCACAGACUGUGUGAAAGAAGAUGCUUUGCAUAUUUGCUGCACUGCAUCAGCAUCUUACUAAAAAUGUGAAAUGAAAGGACUAUUGUACACUGAAAUGCUUAAAUGUAUCUGAAAGCACAAGGUGAUACUCAUUUUUGAUAGUCUUUCCAUUUGUGCUGGUUUUUGCCUCUUUGACAUCUGUCAUCAGUAUUUGGAGGGUGAGAAGUGAAUGUAACAGGUAUAAAUAACAUUUUAAAAACUUACAGCUUUGCUAUAAUCACAUUGUUCCAGAGCACUGUCAGAUUCAUUCUAAUGACCAGAAGUGGUUGUUUAAAAAAAAAAAGAAAAAGAAAAUACAACCAUGGGAAAGAAAUCUUAAAUGAAAAAAGCAUCUCAUUGUAGGCAUUCUUGCCUCAUAUAUUACUGGGCCAUGUUUGUUUCCUGGUACUCAUAAAUAUAUGUAUUUUAUUUCCAGAUCUCUUUCCCCAAGUUGCUGUUAUGAAAGAGCAUUCUGCUGAGUGUGGAUACAGUUAUACACAUUAAAGCAGAUCUGGAGUCUGAAGUAGCUAAGCAGCUAUAAAACUGAGAAAUACAUUCAUAGCUGCAGAAACUAUAAUAGGUAGCAGACUUUCCUUUUGGUUUUUGUUUUGUUUUUUGGUUUUAAAAAGAGAUUUUUAUUAUAAAGGAAAAAAUUCCAGUGAAUUGUGCAGAAAUACUGGUUUUUACAACACCCUAAAGGAAAACUUAGGGUUUUUUGAAGUAGAAAAGUUACUAAAGUUGGGAUCUUAAAUUGUGAAAACAUACAAAAACACCAUUGAGUGUCAAAGUUCUAAAAGGAGAACUCAUUUUGUGCAAUGAACAUAAGGAAAGACUACUGUAUAGUUUUUUUUGUUUUUUGGUUUUAUUUUUCUUUUAAAUGAAGAAAAGCUUUGCUUAAGGGUUGCAUACUUUUAUCGGAGUAAAUCUGAAUGAUCCUACUCCUUUGGAGUAAAACUUAGUGCUUACCAGUUUCCAAUUGUAUUUAGCUUCUGGUUGGAAUUUGAAUAAAUGAAAACCUAAAUAAAAUAGGUGAAAGUUCCCUGACUAUUCAGGUGAAUACACAAAA